AUGCUCUCUGCAGCCGCCGUGAUGGCGCCAGUCCCGGCCGCUCCCAAGAGCUCCCUCGAGGUCUUGCUCGAGACCAUAAAGAAGCGCGACGAGCGGCCCAAGGAUGAGCCGCCGGCAUUGCCGGCCCGCCCGACGUGCCGUGGCCGGCUGCCCAGGGCAAGACGGUCGCCGACGCCUCCUAGGGUUCAUCUUGAGGAUGGAGUGGCAGAGGGUGCUGUGGCGGAUACUGACAAGAAGCCGGAAGCUGUAGCGGAUACUGACAAGAAGCCGGAAGCUGUGAAUGAGAAUAAGCCAGAGAUUGAGAAGGAGAAUACGCCAGAGGUCAAGAAGGAGAUUGGUGGGCAGGAGGCCAAGGAGGGGAAGGCUGUAAAUGGUCGCAUCUUUGGGGCCAAGAGAAAGCUAUGCAGUGUGGAAGUGGAACUACUGGAUGAGUCUCCGUAUGUUGAGAACCUCCACGAGGAGAGGAAGGAUGCAAUGGCCUGCAAGGAGCCCCCCUCUCCUUAUUUUUCCUCAGCAAGAUCAAAGAGAAAUGGGAAGCCAGUGUUUACUGAUUCCAUGGACUAUGUCCUCCAGAAGAAGCUACGGGUUUGGUGUUCUGCAUCAGAUGAGAAGUGGGAACUCGGACAGAUUCAAUCAAUUUCUGGAGAUGACGUCGAAAUACACCUUGUUAAUGGAGAAGUUUUGACGCUGCCACCAGAAAGACUUUUGCCCGCCAACCCUGAUAUUCUAGAUGGAGUGGAUGAUUUGAUCCAGAUGAGCUACUUAAAUGAACCUUCCGUCCUUUACAAUCUGCAAUACCGAUACUCUCGUGAUCUUAUCUACACAAAAGCAGGACCUGUUCUGAUUGCUAUCAACCCACUGAAAGAGGUUCCACUCUAUGGGAAAGAUUUCAUCAGAAAAUACAGACAGAAGCUCACAAAUGAUCCACAUGUGUAUGCAAUUGCUGAUAUAGCUUUUAAUGAAAUGCUAAGAGAUGGCAUAAACCAAUCUAUAAUAAUAAGUGGUGAAAGUGGAGCAGGAAAAACUGAAACAGCUAAAAUUGCGAUGCAGUAUUUGGCUGCUCUAGGGGGAGCUAACGGAAUGGAGUCUGAAGUUCUACAGACCAAUGUUAUUCUGGAAGCAUUAGGGAAUGCAAAAACAUCAAGAAAUGAUAACUCGAGCAGAUUUGGUAAACUUACUGAAAUGCACUUUUCUGAAACCGGAAAGAUUUGUGGCGCUAAAAUACAAACAUUCCUGCUUGAGAAGUCGAGGGUGGUUCGGAGGGCAUCAGGAGAGAGAUCAUAUCAUAUUUUCUAUCAGCUGUGCUCUGGAGCUUCUCCUCUUCACAGAAAAAAAUUGUUACUGAGAGACGCCAAUUACUAUAAUUACUUGAAGCAGAGUGCUUGCUUGAGAAUUGAUGGUGUUGAUGAUGCUAAAAGAUUUUCGUCGUUAUUGGGUGCAUUGGAUAUUGUUCAGAUAUCUGGGGAAAACCAGAUGGAAUUAUUUUCUAUGCUAGCAGUUGUCUUGUGGCUGGGAAACAUUUCAUUCUCUGUGAUAGACAAUGAAAGCCAUGUGGAAGUUGAUUCGAACGAAGGGUUGGUUAAUGCAGCAAAGCUGUUAGGUUGCAGUGUCCCUCAAUUGGUGAUUGCUCUCUCAACUCGUAAAAUCCAAGCUGGAAAGGAAAAUAUUGUUCAAAGACUGACGUUAACCCAGGCAAUCGAUGCAAGGGAUGCUCUAGCGAAGUCAAUCUAUGCUCAUCUGUUUGACUGGAUUGUUGAGCAAAUUAACGACUCGCUUGGAACGGGGAGACAACGUACACGAAGAUCCAUAAGUAUUUUGGAUAUCUAUGGCUUCGAAUCUUUCAAUAAAAAUGGCUUUGAACAGUUCUGUAUAAAUUAUGCCAAUGAAAGGCUGCAACAGCAUUUUAACCGACAUCUAUUCAAACUAGAACAGGAGGAGUAUCUGGAUGAUGGAAUUGACUGGGCCAGUGUGGAAUUUGUGGACAACACUGACUGUUUAUCUCUCUUUGAGAAGAGGCCUCUAGGGCUAUUAUCUUUGCUGGAUGAAGAGUCUACAUUCCCAAAGGCAACAGAUCUUUCCUUUGCUAACAAACUUAAGCAGCACUUGAGUGGAAAUCCUGGAUUUAAGGGCGAACAAGAUGGUGCCUUUAAGAUUUGUCAUUAUGCUGGAGAGGUUUCGUAUGAUACAACUGGGUUCUUGGAGAAGAAUAGAGAUCCACUGCACAGCGAGUCAAUUCAAUUACUCUCUUCGUGCAAAAGUGAUCUUCCAAAAGAUUUUGCGUCUGUCAUGAUUGCUGAUUCUCAGAAUAAGUCAACUUUGUCACAUCACUUAUUUGUUGAUUCACAAAAACAAAGCGUUGUGAACAAAUUUAAGGCUCAACUAUUCAAGCUAAUGCAGCAAUUAGAGAAUACAAGUCCUCAUUUCAUUCGAUGCAUCCAGCCAAAUAACAAACAACGCCCGAGGCAAUUCGAACAUGACCUUGUCUUGCACCAGCUUAAGUGCUGUGGUGUGUUUGAAGUUGUGCGGAUAUCGAGAGCAGGCUAUCCAACUCGGAUGACACACCAACAGUUUGCUGAAAGAUAUGGAUUUCUUCUCUCUCAUUCUGUCGCAUCUCAGAAUCCACUUAGUAUUUCAGUUGCUGUAUUACAACAAUUCAGUAUACCCCCAGAAAUGUAUCAAGUUGGCUACACAAAAUUGUUUCUUCGUACGGGACAGGUUGCUGCACUGGAAAAUGCCAAAAACCGGAUGUUCCAUGGAGCUCUUCGGAUUCAGAGAAACUUCCGUGGGUUGCAUACUCGAAGAGAAUAUCACACACUGAAGAAAGGAGCAACAGCUUUGCAGUCAUUUGUAAGAGGUGAAAAGGCAAGAUUUCGAUUUGAUUACCUUUUCAAGAGAUGGAGGGCAGCUGUUCUCAUACAGAAGUACACUAGGCGUCGACUUGCAGCCACCAUGUUUACUGAUCAGCUAAAAAAUAUUGUUGUUCUACAGUCUGUGAUACGUGGGUGCCUGGCCAGGAAGAAAUUCAACUGCUUGCAGGAAGAAAAGGAAUCUAAAGUCAUUAACAGCAAAGUUAAAAGGGAUGUAAGGAAUAAUAUUUCACAACCGAGGUUAUGCCAUGAAAUGAAUGGAGAGUAUCCUCGCCAACCAGUUGUCACAGAACUCGAGGAACGCGUUUCAAAAGCUGAGGCUUUAUUACGAGACAAAGAGGAAGAAAAUGCGAUGCUGAAGCAACAAUUGGAACAGUAUGAGAAUAAAUGGUCAGAAUAUGAGACCAAGAUGAAAGUUAUGGAAGAGGCAUGGAAGAAACAGCUCUCUUCUCUGCAGUUGAGUCUUGUGGCUGCUAAGAAGAGCCUAGCUGCUGAUGACAUGGUCACCCGAGCAGCUCGGACUGAUACCACUCCAACGCAUGCUCAAUACGACUCUGAAGAUACAAUGUCCACAGGGACCCAUACCCCAGAAGGAACAGAGUUGAAAUACCAAAACCACAACCCUGAACCUAGAGUGGUGACAGGAAACUCAGAUAGGCGGAUAAAUGCUGUGAAUCACCUAGCAAAGGAGUUUGAGGACAGGCGGCAGGUGUUCGACGACGAUGCUGGCUUCCUUGUCGCCGUGAAAUCCGGACAGAUUGGUUCAAAUAUGAAUCCGGACGAUGAACUCAGGAAGCUGAAGGACCGGUUUGCUACAUGGAAGAAAGACUACAAAUCUCGGUUGAAGGAAACGAAGGUAAACCUUCAGAAGGUCGGCAGUCAUGACGAGAAAUCUCGGAAUUUGAGUGCCAUUGCAUCAAAGGAAGAGAGAUCAAGAAAUGGCAGGAGAGAAGGCGGUUUUGUGAUUCUCGCUCUCUAUCGCAAGCAAGCCUGGUGA